AUGAUUUAUGGUAGGUGUGCAGCUUGCAAGAGUCAAAGAAGAAGGUGUCCUUCAGAUUGCAUAUUCUCUCCUUAUUUCCCUCCCAAUGAUCCUCAAAGAUUUGCUUAUGUUCACAAAAUCUAUGGUGGUAGCAAUGUUGGAAAAAUGCUUCAGCAAUUACCUGAAUAUUUACGAGAACAAGCUGUAAAUACUUUGUAUUUAGAAGCACAAAGUAGGAUUCAAGAUCCAGUUUAUGGAUGUGUUGGGAUUGUCUCAAAAUUGUAUCAACAAAUCCAUGAUACAGAAGCUGAACUGGCCAAAAUCCAAACUCAAAUUGCUUGUCAUAAGCUCCAAAAUCAACAAUUUGAAGUUGAAUCAAAUUUCAAUGUCUUGUCCACAGUUGAUGCUGAAUCAAAAUUGAACUUCUUGCCAACACAAAGUAAUAGCAUGGAGCAGAUUCAGUGGCCUAAUCAUGUUCCUAAUUUGUUCAAUUAAGACUUGUUGUCCAGUAGAUGCAAAUCUAUAGCUUGAUGUUAU